ACGCCGUCGCCCCCUACAAACGUCAAGAACGAGACACAACAUGGUGUUUAUUUCUUAACAGAAACUAUUCUUGCUUCUUUGUUGCUAUUUUAACCCAGUUUUUAAAAAUGAGACCAAAUAUAAGAGUGGAGAUCCAGAAUAACCUCGUGGAGUCGAUGGAAGUGGACGAAAAUGAAGAAGGUGAGAUUUCCGACCACGAAGAAAACGAGACCGAGGAACAAGCUCAAGUUCCGCCACCAGAAGCCACCAGGAGCGCCAAUCCCCCUUUCCCCGGCUUCACCACCACCGAAGACAAGCUCCAAGAGCGCGCGAAAAGAUUCGCCUUAAAUCCCGAGGAGAUAAAAAACUUUAAAGACGACGAUUUACAACUCCUUCACAGUAGUUUAGGGAUAAGCGCGUCGAACGAAUCGAACGUGCGGUUUGAGGUAAUUCAUAUGAGAGGGAUAGAGCAAAUGAACGCUGGAGAUCUUUUAGAUUAUUUUCUGGAAUACGCACCGGUUUCGGUCGAAUGGAUAGACGAAGUGAGUUGCAAUAUCGUCUGGUUGGACAAAAUCUUGUCGGCGCGAGCUUUGCACUUCAUGUCGAAGCCGGUCAGAGGCAUGCCGGUACGGGACGACACGAGCUACUUCGACCACUUGAACGAGAGCACGGAAGAGGUGGAUCAGAGCAUACUCGUGAUUAAUCGGAAUCGGGAGGUGCAGCUGAAGGAGGAUAGCGAAGAAGCGACGACGAAUAAGUUGUUGAAUGAGCACAAUUCGGUCGAUAUUUCGGAAAUCACCGCGACCAUACCACCCGGGUAUUGGAGACUGGGGGGUUCACACCCGAAGGCGAAGUGUUUACUAUUACGAUUCGCCCUCAAGACUGACAAACAACACUUUAAAGUAGAACAAUUUAGUCGCUAUUAUAAGAAUCAGAGUAAGAAGAAAGCGCCACUGCAGGUGGGUAAACCACCGAAUCAGGGUAUUUUCGGCCGAAACAAAGACAUGCGCAAAGUAAACGAGGAUAAUCCGUGGACCGUACUGGCGAAGAACUGGGAUGAAGACGCCCAGUUCCGAGAAAAAGAGAGGACGCAAAUCGCUGAAGUCCCGAAGGUAGAAAUCAAAAACCACAGUCUUAGGAAUCGCUUGGGUCAGAAGCGAAAGGACCCCGAACCUGAAGAACCCGAAGAACCUGAACCCGUCGCACCGAAAAAGAAAGUGAAAAUACCGAGAAUGCGAAUGUAUGCGGACGAAGAAGAAGAGAAAAUCAAACGAAAACACAUGUUGCAGCGAAUCAACAACCAGAUUAAGAAAAUCGACCAAGACGUUUCUACCAAUUCUGACUUGCGGACGGUUUUGAAUAUGACCCAUCGGACUCACGCGGUCAAGUUGGACAAGUCCGAGCCCGAGGUGUUCGACUUAGGGAGUAGGUUGAAAAAUCGGAACAAGAAGAUGGUGUUUCAAAUAAAAUCGGAGGACGGAGAGGAAGCUUUGACUGAAGAGGUGUCCCACUCGCGUCGGGACAAGGAAGACCGGCACAGGGUACACCGGAGGAGGUAUUCACACAGCGACGACGAAGACACGAGUUACCGAAGACACGACAAGCCCAAGAGUAAAGUCGCUGUGGUUAUUAAAACCCAGAAGAGGCCUGCGGUCGCGUCUGCCGUAGCUUCCACUGUGCUCUCCCGGGUUAAAGGUAAAUCCAACUCCGAGACGGAGUCGGAGUCGGAGUCCAGCGAAUCCGAGGGUUCCGAGAGCGAGUCGGAGGAAGUCGAGGAGUUGGUACAAAGUCGCAGAAUCACCAAUCGGCCCGGUUUCACCUCUCGUUCCAAGGACCACUCAGUACAUUCUGCUUACAAAAGCCCGUUAAAAAUUGAAAUUAAUAACGACCAUUUUAAGCGGUCUUAAGGGGAUUUUAAUUGGGUUAUGAGGUGUAGUUUUUAAUUUAUAUGGAAAAUUUUUAUCAACUAUACUUAUUUUUACAUUUAUGUUUUGUCGUGUAUAUAUAGCAAGAUUUUCUCA